AUGGCUGCAGCUGUGGCUGAGGCCACAGAUAGGGAGUGGCAAGAUGUCACCCGGCUGUCGGAAGAACUCCGCUUGGCCGUGUGCAAAUUCCAAGCAAAGCUUUGCGCGGACAGGGACGUUUUGGCGGCGGAGCGCGCGGCGGCGGCCCGGGACCGCCAGGCCGCCGCGGCGGACCGGGAGCAGGCGGAGCGCCUGGUCCGAAUAAUCUCGUCAGCCGCAGACCGCUGCAGCGCAUGGACAGGCGCAGCCAAGGACGCGACCAGCUCAGCGAGCAAGCCGAGUCCCAGCAGUGCGAAAGGCAUCAUUGUCAAGCAGCCUCCUCAACGGCCGCAGCAGCUUGCAGCUGCCCCGCCGGCGAUCAAUGGAACUCCCGCGCCGAUGCCCACUCGCAGCCCGCCGGCCGCAAGAAGCACACCAGGCCCACGAGUCAAGGCACCACCAGCAUCUGUGCGACGCAGCGAGCCGCGCAGCGAGCCGCUCAGCGAGCCCCGCAGCGAGCCCCGCAGCGAGCCCCGCAGUGAGCCCCGCAGUGAGCCACGCAGCGAGCCACGCAGCGAGCCGCGCAGCGAGCCGCGGGCACAGGUGCCAAGCGCGGAGCCAGCUUCUUCCGCUAGAGAUCCGCCGGAGGCUGCUGUGCAACCAGAGGCCGCGCCAGAGUGUGCACAAGCUGAGAACGGACCUCUGAUCAAUGAGCUCAAGGAGUUGGCACCAGAGGCUCCCGCGCAGGUCCCGCCAAAUAGGAGCUCAAGUGCUUCCUGCAGCGAAGCAGUCGAGGCGAAGGUGCCAGUCGAGGCUACAGAGCAUCCGCCCAGCGAACACAAGGAGCAGAGCGCUUCUGCAGUCCCACCCGCGUUCGAAACUUUGGACACUGACCCGGCAGAUUUGGAUGAGGAUGAGGACCAAAUGGAUGAGCUGGAAAUUUGGGCAGUGAAUGCCCCUGGCCCGCCAGACCAGGCAUAUCCCACCGAGGCGCAGCACUUCCGGGUGAUGGCACCACCUAGAGCAGAUCCCUUGCCCAGCGCCGAUCCUUUCCCGCCCUUCGAGGAGUCUGCGCCUCCACCAGAGGAGGAAAGAGAAGUUGCUCCCGCGGAAGAGGCGGAAGCCGAGCUGGAUGCAGGAGAGGCAUCCAGGGUGCCCGUGAAGGCGAUGCCCAGCAACGGCCCCAGCUGGCCGGUGGGCAAAGCUGCUGCCAGCAGGUUUAAGGCGCCGCCUGCGACUCUGAGCGCUGCGAUUGACUCGGGCGCCAGCAGCUCCGACACUAGAAGGGAUGGGAGCGAUGGCGGGCAAGUUCCGAGCAGCUUCGCAGAGGCUUCUUCUGCCACGGCAUCCAGUGUGAAGGCACCGCCGGCUCAUAGAAGUGCGAGCUGA